GUCUCUCGCCUCACUCUUGUCACCCAGUAACUACACACUUAUUCUCUCUCACGCUCUUGCCUCAUCCCUUUCACCCAGUAACCAUACACUUAACCCCUCUCUCUCUCUCUCUCUCUCUCUACACGCACACACAAAAUACAUAUGUAUAUAUGGCUCCCAUGAAGGGUGAGGGAGUUUACAUCAAAGGAGCAUGGACAGCAGAGGAGGACAGGAAAUUGGCUGAGUGCAUUGAGGUCCAUGGGGCUAAGAAGUGGAAGACCAUUGCAAUUAAAUCAGGCUUGAACAGAUGUGGGAAGAGCUGCAGAUUGAGAUGGCUGAACUACCUCAGACCAAACAUCAAGAGAGGCAACAUCUCUCAUGAAGAAGAAGACUUGAUUCUCAGGCUCCAUAAGCUUCUUGGCAACAGAUGGUCACUGAUUGCUGGGAGACUUCCCGGGCGAACGGACAAUGAGAUAAAGAACUACUGGAAUUCUCAUUUGGGCAAAAAGAUAAAUCAGCAAGGCAAAGCAAUGGGUACUCCGGCGGCUCAAGAGAGCCCGCCUCAGGCUGCAGCCAGCGCUGCGGAGGAGGAGGAGGAGCACGACGGCGGAGCCACCGGAGGAAGCCGGGACCACCCGGAAAACGUGACGAGCCUCGAAUCCGUCGGGGGAUUCUUCAACUUCUCCGCCGGCGACGGGACGUACGGCAUGGAGUGGGUAAACAAAUUUCUUCAGCUCGACGACGACGUUGAUCGGUGGUUUGCUGAAUGAAAGAUAACUUGCCGCCGCCGCCGCCGUACGUAGUUUAAUUUUUUCUCAAAUAAUUCAAUAAUAAUAAAAUAAAAAUUGUCAACUUUA